GGGCCGGCGCCGGGGCCCGUGAGGCCGCCGCGCUCCCGCCGCUCGCAGCCGGGCCCGCGGGCCCCGCGCCGGGCGCACGAUGCCGCUGGGGCUGAAGCCCACCUGCAGCGUGUGCCGCAGCACGUCCUCCUCCAUGUGGAAGAAGGGCGGGCAGGGCGAGAUCCUGUGCAACAACUGCACGGCGCGCUCGGCGCCGCCCGCACCCGCCGCCUUCGCCACCACCUCGGCCGCCGCCCAGCACAGCAACGGGGGCGGCGGCGGCGGCGGCGGGAAGCAGAGCAAGCAGGAGAUCCACCGCCGCUCCGCGCGGCUCAGGAACACCAAGUACAAGUCGGCGCCCGCCGCGGAGAAGAAGGUUUCCACCAAGGGAAAGGGCAGGAGGCACAUCUUCAAGCUGAAGAACCCCAUCAAGGCUCCUGAGUCCGUAUCCACUAUAAUUACAGCAGAAUCAAUCUUUUAUAAGGGUGUAUACUAUCAAAUUGGAGAUGUUGUCUCAGUGGUUGAUGAGCAGGAUGGGAAAACAUACUACGCUCAGAUCCGUGGGUUUAUUCAGGACCAAUACUGUGAAAAGAGUGCUGCACUAACCUGGCUCAUUCCUACACAAGCCAGCCCCAAAGACUGUUUUGACCCAGCAUCCUAUAUCAUAGGACCAGAAGAAGAUCUCCCAAGGAAAAUGGAAUAUUUAGAAUUUGUUUGUCACGCGCCUUCGGAAUAUUUCAAAUCUCGAUCAUCUCCCUUCCCCACUGUUCCUACAAGGCCAGAGAAGGGCUAUAUAUGGACUCAUGUGGGACCUACUCCUGCAAUCUCCAUUAAAGAAACUGUUACUAAUAAUUUAUAAUUUUUUUUAAGGAGUACUUCGGACAGGUUAUUUUGCGUGUAUUGUCAGGCCUGUGAGCCUCAUACAAGAAUUUUUAAAAAACUAUAAAAUAUGCCAUUUUACUUUAUGGAUUAGAGGAUUUAUUUAUUUUAAA